CUAGAGUGUAAGAGACAGAGAGGACAUGAUCCUUUGUACUUGCUGUGUUUUUCACGGUGUUCUCGUUUUGUGUUUGAACAGUCCUGUUUGUGCCUUUGUAAAAUUUCAACUUGAGGAGAGUCAAGGGGCGGAGAGGAAGGGGGAGAGAGAAAUGAUAAGCGAGUGAAUCAUUGUUUUAUUUCAUGUACUGAAUUUGCCAAUAGUUGCGAAACUUGUUAUGCCAGUUUUUUUAAGUUUCUUGUUGGAGAAUUGAAUUGAAACAGGAGGAGAGGGGGUGAAAGAGGAGUAAAGAAAAGAGAUGUUGAAGUAGGAAGAAAGAGUGAGAGGAGAAGAGUGGGAGAGUCUCUGUAUUUGAGAGUGUUAGUUAAACAGGAGAGCUUCUCAGUCCACCAGCAAGCUAGUGAACUUAAGAGCAGUCAGAGUGCUUUCCCAGCUGUCUCGAGUUACAGGAUGAAGCUAUGAGUGGUUAGGAUCUGGGAGGGAGGGACGGAGGGUGUAUGUAUGAGGUUAGGGUCAGUUUCACAUUUCCUAGAUCUACACAAAUCGACACAGAGGAAAGACAAGCUGUCACGAAAGAUUUCCCUGCAUAAUUACAGAUUGAUGGCAGUGGAUUAAACCCCCACAGACUCUGACCCCUGACCCAUCUCUCUCUCGCGCGUCUCUCUAUUGGAGGAGAAUGGUCCGCAGAGCCAGCCUCAUUCUCUGCGGAGUCACGCUAUUCAUCGCCUGGAACGCCCUGCUCCUCCUCUUCCUGUGGUGGCGGCCUCCCAUUGGCAGCCCUGGGACCGGGGGUGGGGCCGAGCCAGGAGAGGGCAGGGAAUGGGGCGGGGACCUGACGCGAAACGUGGUGCAAUUGGCCGAAGAAGUAGAGGCGGAGCUGGAGAAACAGAAACUGCUCUUGCAGCAGAUUCAAAGCCACCGCGCUCUGUGGGAGAAGAAGAAAAACAACAAUCAGAUAAAGGAAAAACAACCUGUCGAAGUAAACAAUGACGACGACGCUGGCGCGAGGGAACUGGAGAGCGAGGUAUUGCAGAAAAUCCCUGACGUGAAAGAUAUCGUCAUUCCUGUGUUAGUGAUCGCCUGCGACCGCCCCACAGUCCGCCGGAGCUUGGAUAAGCUGCUGUACUACCGCCCUUCCAAGGAGCUCUUCCCCGUUAUCGUGAGCCAGGACUGCGGGCACGAGGAGACGGCCAGGGUGAUCGGCUCGUACGGGGACCAGGUGAUGCACAUCCGACAGCCUGACCUCAGCGAUAUCCGGGUCCGGGCCGACCACAGGAAGUUCCAGGGCUAUUACAAGAUCUCCCGGCAUUACCGCUGGGCUCUGAAUCAGGUCUUCCACACCUUCAAAUACCAGGUGGCUGUCAUUGUGGAGGAUGACCUGGAGGUCGCCCCUGAUUUCUUUGAGUAUUUCCGCUCACUCUUCCCCCUUCUCCUGGAGGACAAAACCCUCUGGUGUGUGUCAGCCUGGAACGACAAUGGCAGGGAGCAGAUGAUCGACCCCAAAGCCCCAGAGCUGCUCUACCGGACAGACUUCUUCCCCGGCCUGGGCUGGAUGCUGCUCAAGGACCUCUGGGAGGAGCUGGAGCCCAAGUGGCCAGCCUCCUUCUGGGACGACUGGAUAAGGCAGCCUGGGCAGCGCAGGGAGAGAGCGUGCGUGAGGCCUGAGAUCUCCCGCACCAUGACGUUCGGCCGCAAGGGAGUCAGCAUGGGCCAGUUCUAUGACCAGUACCUCCGCUUCAUCAAACUCAACGACCAGUUUGUGCCUUUCACUCAGCGCGACCUGGCUUUCCUCAAGAAGGAGGCCUACGAUCGGACGUUUGCAGAAAGCGUGUACACUGCCCCCGCAGUCCGGGUGGAGGAACUGCACGGAAACAAAGUGACGGUCCCAGGGCCGGUUAGAGUGCAGUAUUCCAACAAGGAUACUUUCAAAGCUUUCGCCAAAGCCCUGGGCGUCAUGGAUGAUCUGAAAUCUGGGGUGCCUCGAGCCGGCUAUCGAGGCGUGGUCAGUUUCAUGUUUAGGGGUCGGAGGGUGUUUUUGGCACCCCCACCUGGGUGGAAAGGGUACGACACCACCUGGAGUUAACCCCGCUUCCCUUUACAGAUUGACACUUUUUAAUCAUACCGUAGUACCACAGUGGCUGCCACCAAUGUUGAAUGUUGAAUAUUGGAUAUUGUAUAUUGAAUAUUUCAUCGUCUUACUUUCUUCAUGGUGUAAUGAUAAGGAUAUACAGAAAUGUCAACAAGUCAGGUCCGAUUUAGCUUAAGGGAGCUUAAUAAAAUGUCCACGUUUUUCAUUUUGUGAGUUUGAUAACAAUCCAACAGCAGAUACGUUUUUGAACAGCAGGAUCCCACUUCACAAGAAAAUCAAGAAUGCCUCAAGCAAGGAAACUUGUCUAACGUGAUUCUGUACCAGUUUAAAAAAAAAAAAAACGAACGAUGUCCGUCAUCACCUUUUUUCUCUUUCUUUUGAAAUACAUAUUUAUACUUUUUGCAACGAUUCCUUCAUAUAAUAUGGUGCGUAUUUUUUAAUGUUUUUAAAUCAAUUAUUCACCUUUAUUUAUUGUUCCAAUUUGACUAAAUAAAAAUGAUUCUCUAAAAUAUUGUGAAAGCACCUUGAUUAAUCUCAAAAUGCUUUUUACUGAAUUUGGGAACUGUUGUGGUGUUUUACAUUUUAAUUUGAAUAUUUUAAAAGAUCUCAGUUUGCGGGGUGUUUCACUGCCUGGUCUUUAUACGAUGUGAUUGGUUCGAUGGAUUCUUCUUAUAUUCUGGUUAAAUCGCGUUUGAAACAAAGUCUACUUUACAGACCAUUGCAAAACCAUUUCCUUGCCUUACAUUUCUUUAUUUUCACUUCCAACACUGUACAGCUCUGGCUAAAAGUUUUGCAUUGCCUUGAAUCUUAGGAUUGAGAUAUCAUUUAAAAUAACUAUAUGAACAUAAUUUCGAUAUUUUAUUUAUCAUGUAAUCAAAGAAACUACAAAAUGAUAACGCAAGUGUCUACCGGAAGCCAUAAUAGUAGUAUGAUAGUAUUUAAUGUUAGAUUUUGAAAUGUUUCUCGGCAAGUGUAUGGGGGAAAACUACAAAGCGGUAUGUAAUUGAAUACGUUAACGUAACAUUAUUGAAUAGGUUUCGUUCAACUUUAUGAAGCAAAAUGUGUUAAUUCUAUAGGGUGAUGCAAAACUGGCCAUAGCUGUAGAUUCAGUUCCUGUGCAGCAGGGGUUAGGAUCCCACCUGCAGCAAAGUGAGUGAGGGUCCUAAUACCUGCUGCACACCAUGAAAAUAGUGUUGUGUCAGAAACAGAUUGAGUGGACUACCAUAGACAAAGUGAAAAUCAAUGCAUGUAGGAAAUGUGUUCAUCUAUAAUAGAGGACCGAAAAGUUUCUUGGCAUCACUUUUACAUCGAGUCCCGAACACCACUGUAAUAACACAGUCAUCACAAUCAUAGCUGUGCACUUGCAAUUACAACAUGUUACAUUACAAGAUGAAAUAUGUUGGCAGUUGCUAGAGCACAAGGUUUGUGAAUUUGCUAUGUAAUUACCAUGUAAUCACGCAUGCAAUUACUGUGUAGUAGUGUUACUGUUUUUUAAGCCUUUGCUAUUACCCCUUUCAUUUGUAUUAUAAACACUGUUUUCAAGUGCAAUGUCUAUGGUGAGCCUACUGAAAUUGAUCAAAUUAGAACCUGUUUUAAAUUUGAGUUGAUUCCGUUAUUACAAAACAUUAAGUUCUUACAUUUUAGGACCAUGUUAUAACCUAUGAACUUACACACUUACUGCCACUUGAAAUGACAUUACUUGCCGCCACUAUUAAUGAAUGAGUGACUGUAAAUUGUAAGAGGAUGCGAUAUUCAAGUCCACCAUGUUAUGGAUUUUUUUUUCUAGGUAUUUCAAUUUUUUCUUCCUUAUUAUUAUUCUUAUUAUUAUUAAAAUUAUUAUAUAUUUAAAAAAAAAAAAAAUCUGGGUGCAUUUUAUUUCUCUAAUCCAAAGAGAUGCUGAAGAGUAGAGUGACAAUGGGUUUCCUUAGUCCUGCUUUGUGUAAAACGAGCCCUAGCCACAGUAGAGUGAGGCUGUGCCCAGCACACAGCAGGCAGUGCCAGUGCAAGACAUUAGACCCCAAUUGCUCUGUGCAUAGUACAGCGGGCAAUGCCAGUAACAGACACUAGAUUAGAACUGUAUCCACUGGGUUUCAGUCGUUAUACUUUUUUAGCUCCAAGAAUUGCCCUUUGUACAGGAAAACACACUGAGGCUCUGCCCAGCACACAACAGGCGAUGCCAGCGUAACACACAAGAUUAGACGUAUUGCUUUAGUUCUACUGUGUUUACAGUACGAUGCAGCGGGCAGAUUAAGACUUACUCCAUUGUCCUCCUGGACUGUGGUCUGCUGGUACUGUGUGUGUGUGUGUGUGUGUGUGUGUGUGAUUGUUGAAGGCAGUCACGCUAGAUUCCAAUCAUAAAGAGACAAUAUCAAAGCCAAAAAAUAUAUCUGACUAAUAUCUAGAACACAGUUUUUUUUUUUUUUUUUUUUUUUUUUUAUUCUAGAGCAUGCAACGAUGGUGGGGGAGAUUGCCUUGCCUGUUUUGUAAUUCUUUACAUUUUAUUUAUAUUCGUGGUGUUUUUUUAAUGUCACUUGUUGGAGAAAAGACCCUUUAAUUCUUACGGGUUUAAUAUCUUGUUCUACGCCAUCAUUAGCCUUCUCUUUUGUCUGGGCAUUAACAGCCAGGCUUCCAUCAAAAAUUGCUUCUGGAAAAAAACCCCUUCAGAGCACAAGGAUUUACAGAAGGGCUUCAGUGAAAAGUGCGACGCUUAUAUGCUUCCCCAGCUCACUUAAAAUCCAUCAAGCCUUUUCAGAAACAGUUAUUAAGCAUGGAAAAUAAUAAGCAGAAACAAUGGAGAACAUUGACAUUAUUAAACACAACUGAAUAUCGAUCGCAGAAGGCAACGAGGCUAACAGAACCACUCCGGUAUAUCUUAACUACUGUGUAUUGCCAACACUCCAUAGAUCUCUUGUAUAAAAGACGCACGCAUUAUGGUAAUACUGUUUUGUUUGGUUUUUCUUUUAACAAGGAAAGUAUGUGGUUCUGGUAGUCUACCUCGUGUGGCUCCAUAUAGAGGACCAGGGCGAUUUGAUGAUCAGUUAUUGAACAGUGAAUGUUCAGACGAGGCUUGCAAAUGUCAUGGCCAGCAGUAAUCAACACAGUGUUGCUUCUGUACUUCUUUCAUAUAGGAAAAUGUGAGACCUACUGUAGGUAAUGAUUCAUAUGAGGUAAGAUUUACUGGAAUUGUCAAAAGAAUCCAUUUCAGGGGUAAUCAGAACCUCUCACUGGACUGUGUAUAUGAUUGUUAAAGAUGAUAGGCCUUUUAAUGCAUUGAAUCUUUACUGUAGAAAUUAAAACUUUGCUGAUUUAAAAACAAAAAAUAUAUAAUUAAUUCAUGAAUUAAUCAAUUAAAUACGGACCACAGUGUGGGUGUAAAGAAAUUUGCCAAAACACCAUUCCCAAAAUGUAUGUAUGUAAUGAAUGAAAAAAAGGCAGAAUAAAUGACCUUUUUUCAAA